AUGAAUAUAACGAAACCUAUGACGCCGGGCAAACUGCCGGGUCUCCAGUUCUUGGAUGUCUCCUUCAAUCAGGACCAGGGCUGUUUUGCCGUAGCCCACGACCAGGGCUUUCUUGUGUAUAAUACCAAUCCAAUUGACUUGCGAGUGCGAAGGUUCUUUGCUCCCUCCAGUGGGUCUGGUUCAGGCAUUGGCCAGAUCUCAAUGCUACAUCGGACCAACUACUUGGCUUUGGUGGGGGGAGGGAAGAGUCCUCGAUUUCCAAGUAAUAAGGUCAUCAUAUGGGAUGAUCUCAAGCGGAAGUCCAGUUUGAGUUUGAAUUUCAUGAGCCCGGUUUUGAAGGUUCUAUUGUCUCGUAUACGGAUCGUGGUGGUGCUUCGCAAUCAGGUCUUGGUGUAUGAAUUCGCCGCUCCGCCUAAACGGAUAGCGGCAUACGAGACUAUCGAUAAUGAUCACGGCUUGGCUGAUCUCUCUGUGUAUUCUACACUGGUACAUUUACCCUCCAGUGCAUCCAUCUCAUCAAUGUCUAGCUCGGAAUCGCUCUCUUCUCCGAGAGAAUAUCCGAAGGGACAAAUAUUGGCAUUUCCAGGCCGCACAAUAGGUCAGAUCCAAUUGGUGGAUGUCUCUCCUGAAGGCCAGGAGAAGAACUCCAUUAGCAUAAUUAAAGCCCAUAAGUCCAGAAUACGGUGCAUCACUUUGAAUAGCACCGGUACCCUCAUAGCUUCUGCCAGCGAAACAGGUACAAUCAUUCGGGUACAUUCGACCCACACAACUGCUCUCUUGUACGAGUUUCGCCGGGGCAUCAACCGCGCGGUGAUAACGUCCAUGAGUUUCUCUCCUAAUGAAUCAAAACUUGCUGUUUUAUCUGACAAGAAUACUCUUCAUGUGUACAAUCUAAUACAGAGCAAUGCGAAGCUCGGUGCAGAUAGCUAUCCUGAAGAGGACCUGUCAUCGCAUUUUCCCAGCAAUCGUCAGCACAUGCUCAACAAGCUCAACCUACCCUUCCCCAUUCCUAAUUACUUCCAGUCCACCUGGUCAUUUUGCUCAAUCAACACUAAUCAUUUUCACACGGACGCCAAUGGUAACGAGGACCGCGCUGUUGACAACGGAGUUAUUGGCUGGUCUGGAAAUAACAGCGUCAUCAUUGUCUGGAAAACAAAGAGAAUUUGGGAAAAAUACGACAUUGUUGAAUCAUCAAAGCAUAGAACAGAAGAAUCACCUUCAACAUCAGGGUACGAAUUGGCCAGGUACAGUUGGAAAAGUCUAGAUCCUCAAAGUGGAUAA